AAGCAAAAUAAAAAAGUUAUUUUUACCUUUGUUUCCUUUCAAGUUGAAUAUAUUAUUUUUAAUCAAAAUGUUGCCCAAAAGUCCACGCAUUCGUCAGGGAAACAAGUCUGGCUUGACCGGAAUCCCUCAGAAGGGAUCACCUAGAACCAGCUACUCCAAAACACUUAUUGCCAGUCAGGCGAACAAACGUCGCCUUAUGGAAUAUCGUAAUUCGAAGAAGGAGAACGUCUUUGGUAACAAGAAUAACCAACAACUGAACAAGAUACCCAAAGCUGUGCUACUAACACCGUCUUCCUCGGACAACUCUGUGACCACAACGGUGUCCAGUUCUGGCCAACCGACCUACACAGUUAUGCCAAAGACCAGUCUGCUUCGGGAGCCAACAUCACUGACCCCAUACUUGACCCUUAAACGUCAGCAAACGUCUACCUUGAUUAAUUUCAGUGUGCGCAAAUCACUUUCUCAAAUGGAUUUUAAAGAGGCUCGACGCACAGGCAACUAUCAGCUGGUGGCCCAUGUUCCCUCGCCCUCGAAAUCUAUACAGCAAGAACCGCAGGAAGCAACUGAAGCCUUGGGGUUGGAGGGGAAAAUGGCCAAAUUGGUGUUGCAGGAUAACGCUGUUAUUGAAGGAAAGAUGAGCUUUGUGGUUGGUCCAGAUCAGGAUGCCCGGGUGGCCAGCCUGAGAAUCUUCAAUACCGUUAUGCUUCACGCUUGGCGCAAAAGGCGAGAGGAGGUUCGUAAUCUCACUGACCAGGUGGAGGACUACAAGAGGAGUUCCGUGAAGAAUCGCAACCAGUUGCAUGUCUACAAUUCACUUUUUUGCGUUGAAAAGCGUCGCAACGAAACCUUGAACGAUCAACUAAGGCAAUCCUAUCGAGAUAAUGCCCAGACAAAGCUAUCUUACGAGGAGCUGAGCCUAAAACUAGUAGAGAUCAGGACCGAAAAGGAUAAACUGGUCGAGGAGUUAGGGAUAAAAGACAAGACCAUUGAAAAUCUUCAAGAGGUGCAGCAAUCACUCAAAGACGAACUUUUCCAGGUGAAUAGCCAACAGAGAAAGCAGUUGGAACAGUUGACUCGCCUGCAACGCGAUUACCUGGAGAGCCAGUCUGCUCAGGAAGAGCUGGUUCGCCAGUUGGAUCUCCUCCAAAUCGAUCUGGCCCUGAAGCGUGACUUCAUUGAUCAACUGCGCGAGAACAUGACCAAGCUGGAGGAUCUUAAGCGGUGUUCCGAUGAGGAGUACAGCAAACUGCUUGAGCAAACUGUGAAGAUGGAACGAUCCAUUGAGGAGAAGGAGGAAAAGCUGGUCACCCUCCAGAAUUGCUUGGCUGCCACCUUAGGCCAGAGGAUCCGUCAGUGCUUCGCCCAGAGCCAGGCUUACCAACAGGCCACCUAUCGCAUGUUACACUUCGUGGCCCACUAUAUGUUACCCGGUACUCCGCCACCGGCACCAUCUCUUCCAGGGGCGGUUAAUAGGCUGAAGGGCUUCUUUUCUCGGGGAUCACACAGAGAACUAGAGUUUGAGUAUGAUGCUGAUGAUUUGAAUAAGACCGAUUACGGUGAAAUUCCAGAAGCCCAAAACUAAGUUGCUUAACGUUCAAUGUUUAUUCACUUUAGUUGCUUUUAUUGUUUAGACGUUCAAUAUUUUUCCUUAUGGUUAAAAUUGCUUCUUAAAUCCUUGUUAAUAAAUAAAAAAAUAAUUUUAUUAAA